AUGUCUCAGUCCAUUGCGUCCUACUUUAACAAAAAGCCCGCAGAGGAAAAGACGACCAACACUGUCAUCAACGAAGCCUCUCUCGGUACCCCAACCAGCGACAUGCCAGAGAAUGCAGUACUUGGUAACAAUACCACGUCGGAUCAGGAGAAGAAAGAUGGUGACGAGCAACAGCUGGAUCCCAUGACCAGCCGUAUCGAGGGAGGCGUAGAGUACAAGUCGAUGGUCUGGUGGCAAGCAGGAAUGGUCAUGGUCGCCGAAACCAUCUCGCUUGGAAUCCUUUCACUCCCUCGGGCCAUGGCCACUCUCGGACUGGUGCCGGGGUUGAUUCUCCUUGUGUUUCUUGGAGCCAUGGCCUCGUACUCUGGGUAUGUGAUUGGGCAAUUCAAGGUGCGCUACCCACAUAUCCACUCCAUGGGAUGUGCUGGGGAGGUCCUCUUUGGCCGCUGGGGCGGCGAGAUCCUCGGAUGGGGACAAUUCUUGUUCUAUGUCUUUGUCAUGGGUAGCCACAUUCUCACCUUUUCCAUCAUGAUGAAUGCCGUCACGGACCAUGGUGCCUGUACCAUUCUCUGGAUGGUCGUGGGCACGAUUCUCAGUCUGAUCUUCACUCUACCCCGGACACUGAAGAAUCUGUCGUAUUAUUCGGUGGCCAGCUUCAUCAGCAUCAUUGGCGCCGUCCUUAUCACCAUGAUCGGGGUGAGUAUCACCAAGCCGGGCUUGCGGCUUGUGGAUGGACACGAGACUCUGAGUGUGCGUCUCUGGCCACAGGCUGGUUUGACUUUCCACGCGGGCUUCCUCGCCGUCGCCAACAUGGUUUUUGCGUACGCGGGGCAUGUUGCAUUCUUCACUUUCAUCUCGGAGUUGAAAAAUCCCCGCGAUUUCCCCAAAGCCCUGGCGUUCUUACAGUGCAGCGACAUCAGCAUGUAUAUCAUCACAGCCGUCGUGGUGUAUUACUAUGCAGGGGAUCAGGUGGCCAGUCCUGCUUUGGACAGCGCCAGCCGGGUGGUCAAAAAGGUCGCGUAUGGCAUUGCCAUCCCCACGAUUGUCAUUGCCGGGGUGGUCAACGGUCAUGUGGGCGUCAAGUACCUGUAUGUCCGGAUGCUCCGCAACCACUCGGAAGAUUUGAUGCACCAAAAAACAUGGAAGUCAUACAGCAUCUGGGUGGCUAUGUGUACCGCGUCCUGGCUUGGGGCCUGGGUGAUUGCCGAGGCGGUGCCUGUCUUCAGCGACCUGCUGGGCUUGACCAGUGCCCUUUUCGCCAGUUGGUUUACACUCGGUCUGAGCGGAAUGUUUUGGAUGAAGAUGAACCUGAUGCAACAGGGUCGGUGGUGGAAGGUGGUGCCACGGGGUCGAUGGAGCUUCGGCAAAAGUUUGCUCUUGUUGGUCAACAUGUUGAACAUCACUGUGGGAGCCAUACUGUGUGUGGUCGGGCUGUAUGCCAGCAUUUACAGCAUGGUGCAGAACGGGGCCACCAACAAGCCCUUUAGCUGUGCCAACAAUGCUGGUUGA